AUGGAUGCGGCACUGGGUCUGUUAGGGUUGGGCUUCCCCUGUGAAAUAUCUGUUGACCUUGACGACGCGUCUACGCGACGCUACGUCAACCAAAAUCAGUCUUCAUCAGGUGUGCAUGGCGGGGCAAAGCAGCCAAAUGACAAAGUUGAAGCACUGCCCUUGUACACCGAAGACGAGACAGUUGCCGGACGCGUCACCAUCUCGAUCAAGGAUGGCAAAGAACUUCAACAUCGCGGCGUGAAAGUUGAAUUCAUCGGUUCCAUCGAAAUGCUCUACGAUCGCGAGAAUUCUCAGGAGUUUACCUCCCUCGUUCGCCAUUUGGACGAUCCGGGCACUUUGACCAAGCAGUCUCAGUACGCAUUCCAGUUCACCAACGUCGAAAAGACCUUUGACACGUACUCGGGUAUCAAUGUACGCCUGCGGUACUUUUUGCGAGUCACUGUGCUUAGAGCUCAAUACACACCCGAUGUCGUUAAGGAAGUUGAUAUUUGCGUGCAGCACUGCGAUCAAGAUCCGAAUGCAAAUAGUCCUAUCCGCAUGGAGGUUGGCAUCGAGGACGCACUUCAUAUCGAGUUUGAAUACAACAAGAGCAAGUUUCAUCUCCGCGACGUCGUCAUAGGUAAGGUGUACUUCUUGCUUGUGAGAAUCAAUCUAAAACGCAUGGAAGUGGAAAUUCGCAAGCGGGAAUCUGCCGGGUCGGGCGCAAACGUCUACAACGAAACCGAUACUGUCAUGAAAUUCGAGGUCAUGGAUGGCGCUCCCGUGCGAGGGGAGAGUAUCCCCGUCCGCAUGUUUCUCUCGGCCUGCAAGGCCCUGACACCAACGUAUCGAUCUGUCAACCAAAAGUUCUCUGUCAAGUAUUACCUCAACCUAGUUCUUGUCGACGAGGACGAUAGACGGUACUUUAAGCAGCACGAAAUCUCUAUAUGGAGAGCAGAUUUUGAGACCCUGUAG